GUCGGCGAUGAGCUAGGAAGUGCCGGCCCUGCGCAGUUUCUCUUUUGCGCUUCCCACUCCCCGCCUCCUCUUGGCCAAAGCCAGUCGGCGCCCAAAGUUGCGCGCGGGCCAGGCGAGAACCCUCCUGGCCUCGGGGAGGAGCCGCCCCGGGAGACCAGGAAAAGAGGCUUUCCCGUCGCCCUCUCCGCCCUCGCCCGCCUCCUCCCUCCCCUCCCCGCGGGGAAUCCAAUAACUGAGUCUCCCCUUUCUGCCUUCGUUUCUUGGAGCUGCGCCCUAAAGGUGCUGAGUCAGCCCGGUCCAAGAUGGCUUCCUCAGGGGCCCCAGGGACCCGCAUGACCUCCACGGUCAGCAUCAACAUCUCCACCCCCAGCUUCUACAGCCCCCAGAAGAAGUACGCGCCCGUCGUCGCCCCCAAGCCCAAAGUGAACCCCUUUAAAGCCGGUGGGGCCGGGCCUGGGAAUGGCUUGGAUCAGAUGCCGUCUCCUCCUCCUCCUCCGCCGCCGCUGGCAGGGGCUUGUGCCCAGAUAGGGAAGGUAGGGGAGAUCCCAGUGGCGGCGGCACCGUCUCUUACUGAAGAUCUUCCGCUGCCGCCACCGCCCCCUCCUGGAGAAGACAUGGUUCUCUCCGCCAGCAGUGCUUUCCCUCCUCCGCCUCCCCCAUUUGUGGAGCCGUUCCCCCCAGCCCCGGAGGAUGUCUUCCCGUCUCCUCCCCCUCCCGUGGUGGAGGAGGAGCCUGUGUCUCUGAGCGGGCUGCCCGCCCCCCAGGGGCAGGCCCGUGGCAAGAUGAGCAGCAUUGAUUUGGAGAUUGACUCUUUGUCCUCAAUGCUGGAUGACAUGGAGAAGAACGAUCCCUUCAAACCCCGGGUGACUCUUGGAUCUGCGGCUGCCGCCGGUGUCGCCGCCGAACCGAAAAGUGUCUCAGAAAACGUGGCUCCGCCGAAAGAUGUUCCCGCUCCCGUUCCUUUCCCUUCCAGCGCUGUCUUGAGUCCCAGUGGGAACCACCUGCCCCGGCCACAGGGAGAAGCCUCUCCGCCUCCUCCGCCCUGGGUGACUUCCAAGCAGCGGAAAGACUCGCCACCCGCACAGCUCCCCACGCCGCCACCGGCCGCUCCUCCUCCUCCGCCAGCUCCGUCUGCUCCCAAGUACACGCUGCCCCCUGUCGCGGCUGCCCCGAAAUUUGUUUCUAAGCCCGCUCCUUCCAGUUUCCCGAGGCCUGCUGCUCCGGCCACUUCUCAGUCUCGCUCGCCGGCCCUUUCGGGUCCCAGCCCAGCGCCGAAGCCACAGCCGCCCACUUUCACUUAUGUACAACAGCGGGAAAGACCCGUGGUGCAGGAAAAGCCACGCCCUACUGUGCAGCCGCCUGCCCUGCGAGAUACGCGCAACCCGGUCGCCUUUGCCAGCGAGGGGUCAGAUCCUCCCAGGGGAAACUCCGCUCUGACCAUGAAGGAGGUAGAAGAGCUGGAGAUGUUGACUCAGAAGCUGAUGAAGGACAUGGACCGCCCUCCUCUUGCCGAGGCUUCCACUGCUGCAGAGCUGUGCGGCCUUUGCAACAAGGCCCUGUCGCGGACGCAGCCAGCUGUCCGUGCCCUGGACAAGCUGUUCCACGUGGAGUGCUUCACCUGCUUCAAGUGUGAAAGGCAGCUGCAGGGGCAGCAGUUCUAUAACGUGGAUGAGAAGCCCUUCUGCGAGGAUUGCUAUGCUGGCACGCUGGAGAAGUGCUGCGUGUGCAAGCAGACCAUCACGGACCGGAUGCUGCGAGCCACGGGCAGCUCUUACCACCCUCAGUGUUUCACCUGCGUGGUGUGCCGCAAACCCCUGGAAGGGGCGUCCUUCAUCGUGGACAAAGCCAACCUGCCCCACUGUGUGGACGACUACCACAGAAAAUACGCCCCGCGCUGUUCGGUAUGUGCCGACCCCAUUAUGCCAGAACCUGGGAAGGACGAGACUGUCCGAGUGGUGGCCCUGGAGAAGAACUUCCACAUGAAAUGCUACAAAUGUGAGGAUUGUGGGAAACCUCUCUCCAUCGAAGCGGAUGACAACGGCUGCUUCCCCCUGGAUGGCCAUGUGCUGUGCAGGAAGUGCCACACCACACGUGUCAAAGCGGCAGCCUGAGGGCUUCGGAGCGUGCUGUGCCCUCAGGGUCCCCUCUUCUCUCCCCCCCCCACAGCCAGUGGGCCUGAGGUCCCUCUGCAACUCCCCCCCCCAGCCUUCUGUCCAAAUCAUUGUGCAUUUCUUCCUAGAUUCUGGCGAUGGGUUGUAUCCUGGUGGGUCUGUUCUACCAGCCGAGGGGCAUUCCUCCGGCGGAAAGGGCCUUCUCGGAUGUCUUGUGCUGGGGAAGGCUCCUUCCACUGAGGGGGGGGAUGCCCUUCCGCUAGCAGAACGGAUCCAACCGAACGUCUCUUCCUUCCCACUCAAGGGCUUCCCUGAUCCCCCUCCCCUUUUUAAAAAAACAACAACAAUAAUCUUGCCCUUACAAGAUGGUGUCUUCCUUAAUCCCCCCCCCCACACACACACACACUUUGGCUGCAGUACGUUGUUCUCGAUGCUGUGCAAAGUGACUUGGAGGCAGGUCUUUCUCUUAAGUCCUGCCGUCCUUCCGGAGUUAGUGAGUGACGAAUGAAUCCUGGAGAACCCAGUUGGCAUCUUCCAAGCUGUCCCCCCCCCCCAGUCUGCGAGCCCCGUGACCCGGGGCUGUGCUUUCCCUCCUUCGUGGGGUCCCGUGUUCAGGUUCGGAAUGCUCAACUGCACAUUGACCUGUCGGUUUCAUUUUCUCACGACCCCAUCUGACUUUGUUCUGCAGGGCGGGCGGUGGGAAGCCGUCGGCCGGCUGGCCUGAACUUUUUCUUUCCGCCAGUGAGGAAAAUGCUCUUGGGUCCAAGGAUGACGGACCACUUCUCCCCACCUUCACCCCCCCUUUUCUGUUCCUCCCCAUUUUUAAAAAACCCUUUGUGAUGUUUCCGGCUUCGGCAUAGUCUGCAAUCCAAAGAGCUCAUCUGUUUACACGGCGCUUGUAACAGCUCCGACUCGGGGCUGGGAGAGACGUCAUCCUCCAGGGAGGGGCUUGUUUGCUCGCUGCCUCUGUGCCGGGAUCGCAGCCGCCCUGGUCCACGUCCAACAGCCCCGCGGACUGUUCUUUGGUGCUCCCUCCGGCUGUCGAUCGCCAAGCUGAACUCGAGUUCCCGGGCUGCGCAAAGACCUUGGAAUAUUGUACUGUCCCGGCAGCUCUCUGCAUCCAAUAAACUUUAUGAGGUUUGGGGUUUUUUUCCCCCCGCAUCGUAACUUUCAGCCUCUCUGUGGUGUGUCUGUGAUCCCUGCCGUACUAUUUGGCAGUCGUCUGCUCUUAAGGCUCCCCGGCACGUGCCUGGCUUCGUACCGCUCUGCACGCUGAAAGAGUCGGAGCAUCGCAAAGCCCAGACGCCCUCCCACACAACCCGAUCGGCGUUGGCCUCCAGCUAGAAACAUCGCAUUUGCUGAAAGGCAAUAGCUUGUUUUUAAGUUGUCGUCCGUGUGCGUGUGUUUGCUUUCCCCCCUCCGCUGCUCGCAUUCUUGGCAGCUGUCCUCUCUAGUGCUUCCUGUCUGAAAAUGUUGCCGUGACCCCGGUUAUUCUGAACAAAACAAUGCUGUUGUGUGGGGCUUGGAAUCCAGCUGGCUUAGCUCUGCCUCCCUUCAUCGUUGCUGACAGUGGGUUUUGACAUAUUUUAGGAUCUCCUCAAAGGCUGUUUUGGUGGUUGCCCUCUGCUGGAGUAGGACCAUCCCCCCUGUGUUAAAGCAGAUGAGGUGGGCUUUGAAGAAGCAGGUGGCACCAAUCAAAUGGCGACUCUUCCCAGAGGUUUACGUGCAGCGGCGGAAAACCGAUCCUAAGUGAAUGCCAAUUGAACGGCAAGGGGGCUCCAAGGGUGGAGAAGAACGUCAGCAAAGGAUUCGUGAUCUUCUCCCUUUUUCUUAAAUCGAAGAACGUUUUCAACUGGUGGUCUCUGCUAGCCUCUUUCAGCUCCCUAGGUCUGGGGUGUCAAACGUAAGGCCCCGGGGGCCAGAACCGGCCCAUCCAGGGUUCUUACACGGCCCGCAAGCAACGGGUGUGUAUGGAAAUGUAAGGUACUCCCCCUUUUAUGAUAUCCCUU